AUGCAACGCUGCAUAGAAAAUUAAUUUGAGCUUUGUUUUUUUUUUUAAUUUUUUUUUUUAUCUUUUUCGUAGAAAAGCGUGUUUUCUUUUUUAGAGCUACUAAGCUACUGCCCACAACGGGAUUUGAUACGAAAUAAAACCGGGCUUGACGCUUCUCUUCGCAACCGCCUCUCCACGUCCCCUCUUGCUCCAACCCCCUCAAAGAAUUCCUUUGGUGCUAGGGUUUUGAUCGCUUUUGUGGAUGAUGGAAGGCGUAUUGGAUUCCUCGUCUCUAGCUUGCAGACGCCUGGUCGUUCUCUCUGCUCACCUCGCCACAGGCGCCUCCUCCGCCGUUCCCGGUGGCGGUCUUCCGCCGGUUCUGGAGAGAUCCGCCGUCUCCGCUCGGGAUAUCGAGCGGCCUCCGGCGAAUCUCGGUGGUUCAUUGACGGUGAUCGAUGGGAGAACCGGGAAGAAGUAUGAUAUCGAGGUUUCCGAAGAAGGAACCGUCAGAGCUACCGAUUUAAAGAAGAUUACGGCUGGUAGAUAUGACAAGGGGCUCAAACUCUAUGAUCCGGGUUAUCUCAACACGGCUCCAGUCCGUUCAUCCAUCUGUUAUAUUGAUGGAGAUGAAGGGAUUCUUCGCUACAGAGGUUACCCGAUCGAGGAGUUGGCUGAAAGCAGCACAUUUCUCGAAGUGGCUUAUCUCUUAAUGUAUGGCAACUUGCCUUCUCAAAGCCAGUUGGCAGACUGGGAGUUCGCAAUUUCUCAGCAUUCUGCUGUUCCUCAGGGCAUUCUGGAUAUUAUACAGUCAAUGCCUCAUGAUGCACACCCAAUGGGAGUACUUGUCAGUGCAAUGAGUGCACUUUCUGUCUUCCAUCCAGAUGCAAACCCUGCUCUUAGAAUUGUCUUCUGGAAGGGUGUCAAGGAAAAGGUGGUUAUUCCUUCAAAAUGCACAUUCUUCUUCCAAAUUUGUAUUUGGUUUUUGAUGGGCCAAGAUCUUUAUCGGUCAAAGCAAGUAAGGGACAAGCAAAUUGCAAGGAUACUUGGAAAGGUACCAACAAUUGCAGCUGCUGCCUAUUUACGGAUGGCAGGAAGGCCUCCUGUUCUUCCAUCCAGCAGUCUUUCAUAUUCAGAGAACUUCUUGUACAUGUUGGACUCAUUAGGUAACAGGUCAUAUAAACCUAACUCUCGACUUGCUCGGGUUCUUGAUAUUCUUUUCAUCCUGCAUGCUGAACAUGAAAUGAACUGCUCCACGGCUGCUGCUAGGCAUCUUGCUUCAAGUGGUGUGGAUGUCUUUACUGCUCUUGCUGGUGCUGUUGGAGCUUUGUAUGGUCCACUACACGGCGGGGCAAAUGAGGCUGUUCUUAAAAUGCUUAAUGAAAUUGGAAAUGUUGAAAAUAUUCCAGAGUUUAUAGAUGGUGUGAAGAACAGGAAGCGGAAGAUGUCAGGUUUUGGACAUCGUGUGUACAAAAAUUACGACCCCCGUGCAAAGGUCAUUCGCAAAUUGGCAGAGGAAGUCUUCUCCAUUGUUGGACGUGAUCCUUUAAUUGAGAUAGCUGUUGAGUUAGAGAAAGCUGCGCUGUCAGAUGAGUACUUCAUUAAGAGGAAGCUUUAUCCUAAUGUUGAUUUUUACUCAGGCCUAAUCUACAGGGCUAUGGGAUUUCCAACAGAGUUCUUUCCUGUGCUGUUUGCCAUCCCUCGUAUGGCUGGCUACCUGGCACACUGGCGAGAAUCGCUUGAUGAUCCUGAUACAAAGAUCAUGAGACCACAGCAGGUGUAUACUGGUGUAUGGCUCCGGCAUUAUACACCUGUCAGAGAGCGAUUGGUGUCAAAUGAGGCUGAUAGGCUUGGUCAGGUGGCAGUUUCAAAUGCAACAAGGCGGCGCCUGGCAGGGGCUGGUGUGUAAGUGUGUAACUUACCCCAGACUUAGAGCAAGUGCCUUAAUAAAAGCAAGCAUGCAACCCUUUUCACUGUAGUAGCAUUAAUGCUAGGGCUGAAGCUGUGCUGUAGCUGAGACAUCGAGCAAUUGUUCUUGGUCAUCAUAAGCUCGGAAUAAUGUAAUAAAAAUGAAUAUUAAUGAACAUGUUCAGCUUUUGCAAUGUUGUAGAUGUAAACUGUACUCUUCCCUUUUUGAGUUCCUCUUUAUGAUGCACAUUUUUUGGCAUCGAAAUAGAUUUAUAUCUUUUACAUUGGACU